AUGACCCAGCUAACGCAGCUCAACCGCGUCUCCAUCGCCGAGGUCGUCGUCUACACCCCCUACUUCCUCAUCGGCAUCUACCUCUCCAUCCGGCACGGCUUCCGCCGCAGCUCGGGCUGGUUCUACCUCAUCAUGUUCUCCCUCGCCCGCCUGCUCGGCGCCGCCCUGCAGCUCGCGACCAUCAACAGCCCGGACAACAUGAACCUGUACAUCGGCGCCAUGACCCUCGAGGCCAUCGGCCUCUCGCCCCUCAUCCUCAUCGGCCUCGGCCUGCUCUCCCGCGUCCUGCAGUCCGCCACCCGCGUCCGCGGCGCCGACAGCCUCCUCCUGCAGCCCAAGAUGUUCCGCCUCGUGCAGCUCGUCCUGCUCGCGGGCCUGAUCCUCGGCAUCGUCGGCGGCAGCCAGAUCGGCGACGAGGUCGGCAGCGACCCCUCCGUCACGACCUCGGCCCAGGGCUACCAGAUCCCGACGACGAGCCAGGCCGGCACGGGCUGCAUGAUCGCCGGCUACGGCCUGCUCGUGCUCUUCGCCGCGCUCAUGUCGGUGCACGUGCGCCACGCCGAGCCCGGCGAGAAGCGGCUGCUGCUCGCCAUCGUCCUGGCCCUGCCCUUCGUCGGCGUGCGCAUGGUCUACGCCGCCCUCGUCACCUUCGACUCGCAGAACCCCGAAUUCCGCCAGUACGGCGGCAGCGGCGACCACCGCUACAUGAUCGGCAUGUCCGUCGUCAUGGAGAUGGUCGCCGUCCUCAUCUACGAGGUCUUCGGCCUCAUGACGCAGCAGCGGCCCAAACACGACGUCCAACAACAGGAGUUGCCUGCGCGCGGGAUGAACAAGCUCGAGUCCGGAGAGUAUCAACGCCAAGGCCAGCGGUCAGAGGGCUACGCUCGCCCUGGGGCCUUUUAG